CUAGUAAUGUAGAGAAGCGAAACGGUGAUGUUUUCUUGAAUUAUUUCAAUUUCUCCACAAUCUUGAGUGCAUGUUACAUCUCUGGUAAAGUCAACCUGUUUGAGUACUUUUAAAAUCAUCAAGUAAUCUUCUCUUUUAAAUCCCUUUUCUCUUCUCUCUCUUCUCUUUCUUUUCCUCUGUCUUUCUAGAUUUUCUCUUCUCACUCGUUGCCUCAUCAUCAUUAUCAUUAUCAUCAUUUUUUAGGCACACCUUAUCUAGCAAAGGCCAAGUGAAUGUCUCUAAAACUUGCUUUCGUGUCUUUAGCCAACAACUUCAAUCUCAUUCCUAGUCACUUUUAUUUUUAUAAUUUAGUCUUGUGAAUGCUUAUUAAUAAAUAAUUAGCCAUUCUUUGGUUACCUUUUUUACGUUAUUAAUUAUCAGCGGUCGGACACUUUUUAGUUAGGACAACAAUCAGCAGGAAAACACAAAUCACAACAAACAACAUGUACAAUCAACUUUACCUUUUACUUUCAACACUUCUUAUUUCAACCUGUUCUGCCCUUGAAUAUCGUGAUUGUGGAAAUGGGCAAGUUAAAGGAAUCAAAGUAGAUGUUUGUGAUUCAGACCAGGAAACUUGUGUGUUAACCAAGGGUAAACCAUUUCAAGUUGAACUGGACUUUAUCCCGGAGCACGAUGCCGAUUCUGUUACAUUUCAUGUGUCUUCACUAGUUUUUGGAUUCCCUGUUGAAUUGCCUGUUGAAAAUAAUGAUGCCUGUGGACAAAAUUUGAUUGAAUGCCCGGUAAAAGCAGGAAAACGAACCAAAUUUACUUACGAGGGAAAAGUAGAUGAAGCGAUUCCUAUGUCUUCUGUUACGGUUGUUUUCAAUCUGAAAAGUGGUGAUACUGAACUUGCUUGCGUUGAAUCGGAUUUGGAGCUUCAAGAUCCAACACCUGAAGAUAAGAAGGAAGACGAACAACUAACUCAUCAAGAAUUAUAAUCUAUUUUUGAUUGAACAAUUAGUUACUAUUAUCAUGUUUUUAUUUUCCCUCAAAGAGAUUUACAAUAUUUUUCAACU